AUGUCACUCGUUUACCUGCCACCUGAGUUGGUCCCAAUAAUCGCGGGGCACCUGAAAAGCGAAACCGACCUCAACUGCUUCGCUCAGACCAGCCAAUGUCUAUAUCGCUGGGUCAACCCAUGUCUAUAUCGAUGCGCGGUGCAGAACAUGGGCGAAGCCCUUCUUCAUUGGGCUGCUAGCAAAGGACAGCUACAAACCCUCCUGAGGCUACUAGCAUUUGGAGCGAAACUUCCAGCAAACACUCGGAUCACUACUACGGAUUCA